GGUGCAAAGUAGGAUUAAGCCAUAAAUAUAUUAUAUUUUUUUUCUCAAAAAAGGCAUGCCAUGAAACGACGUCAUCUCACUCUCCUUGGACCUGUCACUCUGGCUACCCAGCUCACAGCCGUGAAAAGUUCCUACACGACGCCGUUUCCGCCCACUUACCAUACUCAUCAUACUGUAAAGCUUCCCCUCUUAAGAAAUAAUCCUGCCAAAAAUUAAUUGAAAAAAAAAAAAAAUCAGCGAAAAAAGAGGAAGAGCACACGCGCUGCGUUUGGUUGCUUGCUGGAAAAAUCUGAACUCCGGCAAUGGCCUCUUCCUCUCCGCCGCCGGGGCCUGCGCCGGGUCCGACAUCACCGCCGUCUCCGUUCGGCCCUCCGGCGCCGGUGGUUCUUCUGCUGCCGCCUCCUCCUCCUCCUCCCCCGGAGAAUGUCACUUCCCCGGCGGCGGUGGCCACUCCUCCGUCGGGAUCGAGCAACAGGACUACAUUGGUGGCGCUGGGAGUGGGGAUAGGUAUAGGCGGGGCGGUUGUGCUGGUUUGCGUGGGUAUUUUCGUCUUUUGGUACAGGAGGAAGAAGAUGAGCGCUCUUUUGGGCGAUGGAUUUGCUUCUGCUCCUCAUCAAUCACAGGGACCCAAAGACGGCCCUUUUCGUGGCCAACUGUACAACCCUCAAGUUGGGCCGCCGAAGCCCACUCUUCCGUUCGGCAUUUCAUCGAAUUCUCAGUCGUCUUCAAUGGGUGGAUCGACUCCAACACUGCCUUACUUCGAUAAUGGCGCAAAGCUCGUUUCACAAGAAUCCCAUGAUUCGAGUUUGCCUUCCACAGAAACAACAUUCACAUAUGAAGAACUUGCGCUUGCAACCGAAAAUUUCUCGGGAACUAACCUUCUUGGUCAGGGUGGAUUUGGAUAUGUUCAUAAGGGAUUUCUUCGUGAUGGAAAAGAGGUUGCGAUUAAGCAGUUGAAAGUUGGGAGUGGUCAAGGGGAGCGUGAGUUUCAAGCGGAGGUGAAAACUAUAAGCCGUGUUCAUCACAAGCAUUUAGUUUCGCUUGUCGGGCACUGCAUUUCGGGGACUCAGAGACUGUUGGUUUAUGAAUAUGUUCCAAACGGUACUUUGGAGUUUCACUUGCAUGCAAAGGAGAAAUCUCCGAUAAACUGGAGUACUCGGAUGAAAAUCGCGUUGGGUUCUGCGAAAGGAUUGGUAUAUUUGCACGAGGAUUGUCAUCCUAAGAUCAUACACCGUGAUAUCAAGUCUGCUAACAUUCUUCUCGAUGAAAAUUUCGAGGCAAAGGUUGCAGAUUUUGGGCUUGCUAGGUUCUACUCGGAAACCGAUACUCAUGUCUCUACUCGAGUAAUGGGAACUUUCGGUUAUUUAGCUCCAGAAUAUGCUCUCACCGGAAAACUGACGGAUAAAUCGGAUGUCUUCUCAUUUGGCGUUGUGCUUUUGGAGUUAAUCACAGGCCGCCGCCCGAUCGAUAAAUCACAAAACUACCUUGACGAUAAUAUCAUAGACUGGGCGAGGCCUUUGCUAACACAAGCUCUUGAAAGUGACAACUUCGAUGGUGUGGCUGAUCCGAGGCUGCUCAAGGAUUACGACUCCAUCGAGAUGGCUCGCAUGGUUGCAUGUGCUUCUGUUUGCGUGCGUCAUUUGGCUCGACGCAGACCACCUAUGAGUCAGAUAAUACGAGCAUUAGAAGGAAACUUAAACCUGGAAGAGUUGAACGAGGGUCUAAAACCAGGGCACAGCAGAAAAUACGAUUCUUCUCACGGGAGCUCGGAUUUUGAUAUAUCUUACGACACAACACAGUACAGAGAAGAUCUGAUAAAGUUCCGGAAGAUGGCUUUAGAAAGUGUCGAACACACCACAAGUGAGUUUAGUGGCCCCACUAGUGACUUUGGUCGUAGGCCCUCCGGUUCUAGUAGCGAAGUUCUACACAUGAAUCAAGACCCUCUGUAGUUUUUUUUUUUGGGUGGGGGGGCAAAAAUAUAACUAUGUUAUUAAAUAUUAAUUAAAUGAGAAUAUAUUAUAUUAUUAUAUAUUAUUUAUAUAUAUAUAUUUGUUUGUUAAUUGUUAUGUACAUUAGUUUGUUAAAUCGUUGUGCUGCUGUUUUUACAAGUUGCGGUCUGAACAGUGUUUGUUGUUCAUCGUGUUUGAGUUGUCCAGAUUAAUGCUAUUUUUAUUUUAUGUAA